AUGCAGCAUCCCUCCGAUCAUCGCGGCGACGAAAUUACGGCAUUCGCUAAUGUACCUCCCCAAAUCAUUAAAGGCAGCGAAAUCCCUGUGCAGAUUUUGUCCGAAAUUCUGCUGAGGAUUGAUGAUAUCCGAACUAUUGGUUACGUGUGUCCGCUGGUUUGCCGUCAGUGGAACGAUGUUUUAAUGGCGCCCGGUUUUUGGAUCAACUAUAUGCAAUACCGAUCAGUUACGUUGCCCCCUCCUUCGCUACGAAAAAUCCCAGAACUGAAUAUCAAAAAAGUUGCAUUACUUCAGCCCUUUGGGAGAAAUUUGUUAACCAAUCCAAGUGGUGAAGAGGCUUACAAUGGUUGGAGAAUAACAAGUAAUGGCGGCAGUGGGUUCCAAAUUGAAUGCCCACCAGAAGGCUGCUCAAGCUGCUUGGAAGAGGAUAUUCCAGUUGCAUUUGCUACAAGCCAUGACUGGUGUAGGAAACACCAAAUCGUCGAUCUCUGGAAAGAAGGAAUUGAGGUAAGAUAA